AUGCCUGUACAAUGGCACGAAGAAAAUCUCAAGCGACUGUUUCUCGCGGUCCUCGCCGUGAACAGAGUAGACAUUGCAGCCGUCGCGAGAAAGUGGCUGGAGCUAUAUGGAUCUGAAAGCUUUGAACAUCCUUCCAAGCGUGCCAUCGAGCUGCAGAUUUGGAAGCUGAAGAAGUCCGUGGCUACGGCUACAGGAAAUAUAGGCUCAGAGGCUUCCCCAGCGAAGUUGAAGAAGUUGAAACUGGCCAACAACUCGAGGGCAUAUUCGAUUGGAGACAAAGACAGCGACGACUCAGAGUUUUUCGAUGUACCAAUCAAGAAACGCUCGCCAUCUAUCGCAAACACAAAGCAAGAAAGUGUCACACCCAUAGCUUCCGGCAGUAGCAGUAAUGCGAUCAAGGCAGAAGAUGCCGGAUACGAUAACAACAUUAUCGUAAUCGAUGAUAGCAGCGACUCGGCAACCGAAGGACGUUCCGUGACAUCUCAUCAGGCACGAGACGAAUUCGACAAUGUUUCGAAGCCCUCGAUCUCUUCCCCAGGACAGAAGAAUCGCCCACAUCAAGCACAGUCCGGGUCUAUCGUAGAUGAUGAGAUGCCGCCGCCAUCGAGAGCUGAACAACCGUCUUCGUCUCGUCAAGAAAGGACUGGAAAAGAUGGCUCUCCGUCGAAUGCCAUUAGACGGCACGCGAGCGCUCCAGCACGUUCGAUUCAGAAGGGGAGUUCAGCCUACGACCAGGUUGAGCAAGCAGUGCAGGCACCAACAGACCAGAAACGCUCUGCGCCUGGAAUCUCAGGUAUCAAACGUCAUCGUAUAGCUACGGCUGGUGCAAGUGCUUUGAAGAGGAGACUAGUCUCGAAGGGCGCAAUGAGAGGACCGGGCGGCCAGUGA